GUGGCAAGUCACUUAAGUGACUCAGAUGCCACAUCAGCUAUUUGUCACUUAUUAUUUUUUUAAAAAAAUAAAAAAAAUAAAAAAGAAAAAAAAGAGGAAAAGUCACGUGAGGUGUGACUAUCACCCGUAACAGUAGCAAGAUAAUCACAUAUAACCAAAAAAAGAGGAAAAUUGAAGACAAUCACAUAUAACCAAAAAUAACAAAAGAUGUUUUCCUGUGAUAUUCCAUUUUCUCAAAUCCAAAUCCUAUCGAUGAUUUCGUUCUUUCUUCCUUUGAUUUCGCAAAUAAUUACGUUUUUAAAUCCUAUAUCCAAAUCAAAAGUUGUGUUUUGUUCUCUCUUGUUUGAUUUUAAUUUUGAACCCUAAAGUUCAGCCGUUUGAUUUUGUUUUGAAGAUGAAGACUGUAAUUGGUGCAACACUUGAAGGUUCAAGUAACAUGAAGAAGAUUCCUGACAAAUAUGUCUUAAAGGAAACUGAGGCUCACAUGCUAAAGAUAAAAUUUCACUACAACGGUUACUUUGUUUCUGACCCUGAAACAACAUAUAAAAAAGGGAAAUCUUAUGAGUUAAAAAAGGGUUUGGACAUAGACCAGAUUAACAUAAUUGAUUUGGGGAAACAAGUAAAAGAACUAUUAGGUGUGACAGGGGAAUUUAAGCUAUGGUAUGGGAAACCAGAGAAUGAUUUGAGUGAUGGUCUUAGGUUGCUGGGAACUGAUAGAGAUGUCAUUAGGUUCAUAAAUGAGUUUAAGGGACAUCCAAUUGCUGAUUUAUAUGUAGAAACCACAAGUGCAAAUUUUAUUGACCAUAGGUAUGACACUGAUGUUGAUGAAGAAGAGAUAGAAAUAGGUUCUAAUGAAGACAACAGUGAUCCUGAGUAUGUAGAUGAAGAAUGUAUUGAAGGAGAUGGUGAUGGUUCUGACUCUGUGUCACUAGAUGAUAGUGACUAUGAUGAGAAUUGGGAAUGGACUUCUGUUCUGCCUUAUGAAACUUUGAAUCCCACUGAUGCAAGGAACCAUGGUGAGAAUGUUAAUCUGAGUCUUACAGUUGCAGCUGAAUCAUCAAGGAACCCUAAAGCAACAACAUGGUCUGAUUUUGAAGAUGAAGAUGGUGACUCUUCGGAUCUACAGAGCCCAAUAUCAAGUGAAGAUGAAAGUGGUGAGAAACAUUAUCCUAAGUUUAAAUUGAAUGAUAAUGAUGAGCAAGUUAAAUUUGAGGAAGGGCAAAUAUUUGCAUCUGCUCAGUUAAUUAGGACUGCUGUGAAAGAAUAUGGUAUGCAAAGUAGGAAAAAUGUAUGGCUUAAGAAGAAUGAGAGCACAAGACUUGUGGUUAAGUGUAUGCCAGGUUGCUCAUUCCAUAUGAGGUUUAGUAAGGCUGCAUCAAAGAACUACUUUAAACUUGCUGUACUUAAGGCUGUUCAUACUUGUCAUAGGAUUAAUAAAAAUAGACAGUGUAGAACAAAAUGGUUGGCCAAGAAGUUGAUCCAUGUUUUGAAGCAUGCACCCGAUAUGAAAUUGAAGGCUUUACAAGAGGACUGCAAAAAUAAGUGGGGUGUCAUGUUAAGCAAAUUUCAAGUUUAUAGAGCAAAGGUCAAGGCAUUAGAUAUGAUACAAGGUGCUAUUUCAGAACAAUAUAAACAUCUGAGGAAUUAUGCAGAGGAAUUGUGUACAAGUAAUCCUGGUAGUACAGUGAUAAUCAAGACUACACUUGGAGUUGAUGGACCUGUUUUUGAAAGGAUGUAUGUUUGCUUCUAUGCUUGCAAAAGAGCAUUUGUUACAAGUUGCAGACCUCUAAUAGGACUUGAUGGUUGCUUCCUUAAAGGAACAUAUGGAGGUCAAUUGUUGACAGCUGUUGGAAAAGAUGGUAAUAAUCAAAUGAUGCCAAUUGCAUUUGCUGUUGUAGAAGCUGAAACAAAAGAUUCUUGGUCUUGGUUCAUUGACCUCUUACUGGAGGAUUUAAAUGGUUUGCAAUAUAAGAAAUGGUCUUUCAUAUCUGACCAACAAAAGGGGUUGGUUCCUACUAUAGCUAGCACUUCAGAUUAUGUUGAACAUAGGCUGUGUGUGAAACACUUGUAUGGUAAUUGGAGGAAGAAAUAUCCAGGAGAUGAAUUGAAGGAGGCACUUUGGGCUGCAGCCAGAUCCACUACUAUGCCAGAGUUUACUAGAGCUAUGAAUAAUUUGAAAAAACUCAAUGAGGCUGCAUGGAAAGAUAUGAAUGAUUUACCACCUAGUAUGUGGACUAGGGCAGCAUUUUUCAAACCAUGA